AUGGCAGCGACUCAACUGGACGACAAGGCCAAGAACCUGAUCGAGAAAUCCUACCCACAAGCAAAAGAUGCCGGCGAGGAUCCAGCGAAGCUCUCUUCCGCCAUCUUUUCUGCUGUCGAGGUAGGCACACGAGCUUUUCAAUACCUUCACAUGCAUCUACUGACAGUUCCAAGUACUCGCCCACUGAAAAGACUGAGAUUGAGCAAUGGCUCAUCACUUCAUCUCACAUUGCGUCUCCCUCCGAAGACAGCGCCAAGACCGCCGAGCGCCUCUCGAACCUCAACACCCACCUCUCCACUCGCACCACCCUUCUUGGCUCGAAGCCCAGCGUAGCUGAUGUUGCCAUGUACUCCCGUCUGGCUCCGGUGGUGAAGGGUUGGAGCGCAGAGCAGCGAACUGGAGAGCAAGGAUACCACCAUAUUGUGCGACAUCUCGACUUUGUUCAAAACGCGCCUCUAUUCGACUUGAAGGUCGCAGAUGGAGAAAAUGUGGACAUUGAUCCGAACAACGUAGUCACCAAGAUCAAGCCGAUUGAUGCCAAGGCUGAGAAGGAGCGCAAGAAGAAGGAGAAGGCUGCUGCGGCUGCAGCGGGAGCGGAUGGUGCAGCAGCUGCAGGAGGAACAGUCACAUCGGCAGCGAGCGAGGACGCGAAGAAAGCUGAGAAUCAGAAGCCUAAGAAGGAGAAGGUGAAGGAUCUGGGCGAGAAGGUCGCCAGUGCUGUCGGUGCUGAAGUUGGCGGUGUUGAGAAGAAGGAGAAGCCAAAGAAGGAAAAGCAGCCCAAGCAGCCCAAGAAUGCUCCCGCGCCGGACAAGCCCUUCUCCCCUGCACUCAUCGAUCUACGAGUAGGACACAUUCUCAAGGCCGUCAACCACCCAAACGCGGACUCCUUAUACGUCAGCACCAUCGCAGUGGGCGAUCCACCAGGCACGGACAACACCUCGGAAUACGAGGGCAAGAUCGUCCGAACCGUCUGCUCAGGUCUUAAUGGACUCGUUCCUCUGGAAGAAAUGCAAGGCCGCAAGAUCGUCGCUGUCUGCAACCUCAAGCCUGUAACUAUGCGAGGCAUCAAGUCUGCAGCGAUGGUGCUGGCCGCAUCACCGCGUGUAGCACCGGGAGAGGAUGACCACCACGCAGGCCCAGUCGAACUCGUAAACCCACCAGCCGAUGCUGAGGCAGGUGAGAGGGUAUACUUCGAGGGAUUCGAGGGCGAGCCGGACCCUGUGCUGAACCCCAAGAAGAAAGUAUGGGAGGACAACCAGGUUGGCUUCACGACCACGGCGGAUAAGGUCGUUGCCUUUGAACCGACGAAGGUGGAGAAGUUGAAGGACAGCGGGAAGACGGACGUUGCGUUGCUGAAGACGAAACAGGGUACUUGCACUGUCAAGACCCUGACUAAUGCUACUGUGCGAUGA